GCGUACGCGGAUGAAACCCGGCUGUGUCCGAGUGAAAUGGUGUUAGCGUUAACAAAUAGUUGUGUUGUUUGUUCUGUCGUAGGCUAUUUGAGGAGUAAAGAGUAACUUGGUAACUCUUCCUAACAAAGGGAGUACCUUCUGAGAAUACACGAUGAGUGCUGAGGUGGAAAAAAAAUCCAAGGACGUUGCCGUGGAGAGGGUAGGAUGGAAUCAUCAGCUCGAGUUUUUCUUCUCCUGUGUGGGGUACGCCGUGGGUCUCGGAAAUAUCUGGCGCUUCCCUUACCUGGCUUUCCAGUAUGGCGGAGGCGCCUUUCUUGUGCCAUAUGUUAUCAUGCUGACGAUAUGCGGUCUGCCGCUCUUUUACAUGGAACUGGCCUUUGGUCAGUUCGGCUCUUUAGGGCCUAUAACUAUAUGGAGGGUCAGUCCAAUUUUCAUCGGUAUUGGGAUAGCCAUGGUACUCAUCUCCGGUAUGGUCUGUCUCUACUACAACGUCAUCAUCAUGUACGGCCUGUUCUACUGCAUGACGUCACUGAUCUCGCUGGAUGACGUACUUCCGUGGUCGACGUGCGGGAAUUCCUGGAACACCAAGUUCUGCGUGUCCGAGAAGUUGGACACGUCCAACAUGACGGAGACACAGGCGGUCAAUGCCACGUUAGGAAAGAUGGACUUGGACUGUGUGUCCAGCAUCAUGUCCAACCAGACGGGGGUCACGUGGGCGACCUUGACCUACAACUACACGCAGACCGUCCUCAAGUCAUGUGACAGGGCUGUGCUGCCCAGUGAGGAGUACUACACGCGUCACGUUCUAAGACUGCAUGAGGCCGAGUACAUGGGCAACCUGGGCGGGAUGAGUCUAAAGCUCUUCGUUUUCCUGGCCAUCACCUGGAUCAUACUUUUUGUUAUACUCAGAAGGGGCGUGGAGACUUCCGGCAAGAUCGUCUAUUUUAUGGCACUAUUCCCAUACGUGGUCCUCAUCGCCUUGCUAGCCCGUGGGGUGACGCUGGAGGGUUACUGGAAAGGUAUCGAGUACUACAUCAUACCCAAAUGGGAGAAGCUUGCAAAUAUCGACGUGUGGCGGGAAGCAGCCAAUCAGAUCUUCUACUCACUUGGGCCGGCGUUUGGUACUUUAAUAACACUGGCGUCGUACAACCCGUUCAAGCACAACUGCUACAGGGACGCUGUUCUUGUGGCUGUCAUCAACUGCUCUACCUCGGUCUUCGCCGGAUUCGCCAUAUUCGCCAUGUUGGGAUACAUGGCUCACGUGACCAACCAGGAUGUGGAAAGUGUGACAAAUAGCGGUGCCGGGCUGGUUUUUGUUGUCUACCCAGAAGGCAUCGCUCGCAUGCCCUUUGCCCCAGUGUGGGCCAUCCUCUUCUUCGUCAUGUUGAUCUCCCUUGGCAUGGAUAGCCAGCUCGCCAUGUUUGAGACCGUCAUCAGCGCCAUUGUGGACGAGUUUCCUAACGUACUGCGCAGGCGCAGAAUGCUGUUUUCUUUUGUCUGUCACGUCAUCGGCUUCCUGCUGGGUAUACCGAUGGUGACCUACGGGGGCAUGUGGGUGCUGACCUUAAUGAACAGCUACUCGGCUAGUUAUGCUCUGCUCUUCACGUGCCUGUGUGAGCUGGUCGCUUUAAACCAUGUUUACGGCAACAAACAGUUUUGUCAAGACAUUGAGAUGAUGAUCGGGUUCCAGCCCAACUGGUACUGGAGGGUAUGUUGGACGAUCAUCACACCUAUAGCUAUUGUGCUGAUGCUCAUCCUGUCAUGCAUAUUCUACUCUCCCGUCGAGUACAACGGCUACGAGUUUGAAGGCUGGGUUCAGGGACUUGGUUUUCUCAUGGUGGUCCUUCCCAUAGCCGCCAUACUGCUAGGGGCGGUAAUCCAGGUCAUACGAUAUAAGGGCAUCAGGAAAGCCAUGGCACCCCACCCGCUGUGGGGGCCGGCCAACAAGGAGGACAGGGUGGGGCGGUACGCGACAACCAAUGAAGGGUUCGAGGGAGACUCGGUGGACGAGCUCAAGGACCCCGGGGCAUUCUCCCAGCAGACGAUAGUCACCAUGGACAUUCAGCUGGGCAACGGGAAACACGGCGAGUCGGUGGAAACGUAUGCUUUUUAAGAAUACAUAUUUGUGUAUCUCUACCGCUACUCGUUACCUGAUCUCUACAUAGAAACACAGCUACUGUUCUAUAUUUUAGUUAAGACGAUUUUGAACAAAAAGGAGUUUCUAUUUACCGGCUCAAACCAAUAAAUUACAGCGUGCGUUAAGAAUACAAGGAUUGUGUACAAGUGUAUGCAUGUAUACACUUUUCUUGUUUGGCUUAGAGACUAAAACCACUUUGUUAUGCAUUUUUAAUGUACAAAUACGAUCAUUAAAAAACAUUAUUUCUGUAAGAUGUUUGAAUAUAUACAUAUACAUCUAUAAUACAUUAGUUCGAUACAUCUCGAAUCGAAAUCAAACACAUACAACUCACAUCACAGACAAACAAAAUCACACAGAAAUCACAAUAACAUACAUCACCGAAACGCAUAAAAAAAGGGGGGAAAUUCAUAAAUUUAAGAAAAACAAAUUUUUCAUUGGUAGAUUCUAUACUAUGUAGUUACCUUCAUAUAAUGUUUUUUUUGUAAAUAAAUUUACAU